UCAGAAUUUGGUUUCCAGUGUAAACGCAGCCGCCCAGAGUCCCAAACUAUAUAUACUUGUGUUUAUUGCAAGUUAGAAGGGUGAUUGUGAUACAGAGAAACUAACGAGUCGGGCCAUAUCAAUGUUCUCAAUUAGAUGUUCAGUCUAGAAAAUGUAGCUCUAUGAUUUGAGGUUGCCAACAACGCACACGCCGACGUAUGCACGAAAACGUCCCAUCCCACUGUAGUCAUAAUUUGCAGCUAGCAAUCCAAGCUAGCUAGUUAUCCGAAGAUGGCGGCUUGUAGACGUGUUCCUCUUCUGCUUUUGAUGMCUGUCCUUUUGUAUAUGCAUCCCAUUCGAGGACAGAAAUCUGCGAACAGUGUAAUCGCCAAUACUGCAGUUAGGGUUAAUAUCCAGGCUCAAAAUCAAGCCGCAGUUCCGGCUGCUGUAAAUGGAGGUUCUCCAGUCGUCGCGGCCUCGCCACCUCGUAGACGCACCAGCGGCUGGAAGCUGGCCGAAGAGGGGGCUUGUCGGGAGGACUUGACCAGGCUUUGUCCAAAACAUUCCUGGAACAAUAACCUGGCUGUGCUUGAGUGCCUCCAGGAUAGGAAAGAGGAAACCGAGAUCGCUGCUGACUGCAACCAUCUCCUGUGGAACUACAAGCUGAACCUGACGACUGACCCCAAGUUUGAGUCUGUGGCUGUGGAGGUGUGCAAGACCACCAUCACCGACAUAAAAGAAUGUGCGGCGGAGGAGAGAGGAAAGGGCUACCUGGUGUCCUGCCUGGUGGAUCACCGCGGCAACAUCACGGAGUACCAGUGCAACCAGUACAUCACCAAGAUGACCAGCAUUGUGUUCAGCGACUACCGCCUCAUCUGUGGCUUCAUGGACAAUUGCCGCGAGGACAUCAACAGCCUGCACUGUGGCAGCAUAUCCACCGGCGAGAAGGACGUGCACUCCCAAGGUGAGGUGAUAGCAUGCCUGGAGAAGGGUCUGGUCAGGGAGGCAGAGGAGCAGCCUGGGGCCCAUGCCAUCAGGCCUGACUGUAAGAAGGCCAUCAUGCGUGUGGCCGAACUCUCCUCAGACGACUUCCACCUGGACAGGUACCUCUACUUUUCCUGCCGGGAGGACCGUGAGCGCUUCUGUGAAAAUACUCCAGCCGGAGAGGGCAGAGUCUACAAGUGUCUCUUCAACCACAAGUUUGAGGAGGCCAUGUCUGAAAAGUGCAGAGAGGCUCUGACCACGCGUCAGAAGCUGAUUACCCAGGACUACAAGGUGAGCUACUCCCUGGCCAAGGCCUGCAAGACAGACCUGAGGAAGUACCGCUGCAGUGUGGACACCAACAUGCCCCGUGCACGCGAGGCCCGCCUCUCCUACCUGCUGCUCUGUCUGGAGUCUGCCGUACACAGAGGUCGUACGGUGAGCGGUGAGUGUCAGGGGGAGAUGUUGGACUACAGGAGGAUGUUGAUGGAGGACUUCUCUCUGAGCCCUGAGAUCGUGCUACACUGCCGUGGGGAGAUCGAGGCCCAUUGCUCCGGCCUCCACCGCAAGGGACGCACCCUGCACUGCCUCAUGAGGGUGGGCCGAGGAGACAUGGGCACCAUCGACAACCUCUGCCAGAAAGCUCUCCAGACCCUGAUCCAGGAGGCUGAUCCUGGGGCAGACUACCGUAUCGACCGGGCCCUGAACGAGGCUUGUGAGUCUGUCAUCCAGACCGCCUGUAAACACAUCCGCAACGGAGACCCCAUGAUCCUGUCUUGUCUGAUGGAGCACCUGUACACCGAGAAGAUGGUGGAGGACUGUGAACACAGGCUUCUAGAGCUGCAGUACUUCAUAGCACGGGACUGGAAACUGGACCCCAUCCUCUAUAAGAAGUGCCAGGGCGAUGCCUCCCGCCUGUGCCACACCCACGGCUGGAACGAGACAAGUGAGAUGAUGCCACCUGGUGCCAUCUUCUCCUGUCUGUACCGCCACGCCUACCGCACAGAGGAGCAGGGACGGCGGGGAAAUGCAGUGGAAGAAACAGGAAGACGUGUUUUCGUUCUGUCCCGGGACUGUAAAGUGGAGGUGCAGCGUAUCCUCCACCAGAGGGCGCUGGAUGUGAAGCUGGACCCUGAGCUGCAGAGACGCUGUAUGACUGACCUGGGGAAGUGGUGCAGUGAGAAGACUGAGUCUGGACAGGAACUGGAGUGUCUACAGGAUCACCUAGAGGAGCUGGUGUCAGAGUGCAGGGAUGUGGUGGGGAACCUGACUGAACUGGCGUCUGAGGACAUUCAGAUUGAGACUCUGCUGAUGAGAGCCUGUGAGCCAGUCAUCCAGUCGCACUGUCACGAGGUGGCAGAUAACCAGAUCGACACGGGGGAUCUGAUGGAGUGUCUGGUGCAAAACAAACACCAGAAGGAGAUGAACGACAAGUGUGCUGUGGGAGUCACACAUUUCCAACUGGUCCAGAUUAAGGACUUCCGUUUCUCCUACAAGUUUAAGAUGGCCUGCAAAGAGGAUGUGCUCAAACUCUGCCCCAACAUCAAGAAGAAGGUGGAUGUAGUGCUCUGUCUAAGCACCACGGUGAGGAACGACACUCUUCAGGACGUCAAGGAGCAGCGCGUGUCUGUCAAGUGUCGUAAGCAGCUGAGGGUGGAGGAGCUGGAGAUGUCUGAGGAUGUCCGUCUGGAGCCUGAGCUCUACGACUCCUGUAAGCAGGACAUUGGGAGGCUGUGCCAGAACGUGGCCUUCGGGAAUGCCCAGGUGAUAGAAUGUCUGAAGGAGAACAAGAGGCAGCUGACCCAGCGCUGUCACCACAGGGUGUUCAAGCUGCAGGAGGUAGAGAUGAUGGACCCAGAGCUGGACUUCCAACUCAUGAGGGUCUGCAAGCAGAUGAUUCGGCGGUUCUGUACUGAGGCUGAUGCCAAGAACAUGCUGCAGUGCCUGAAGCAGAACAAGAACAGCGAGCUGAUGGACCCCAAGUGUAAACAGAUGAUCACCAAGAGACAGAUCACACAGAAUACAGACUACAGGUUGAACCCGGUGCUGAGGAAGUCGUGUAAGGCUGACAUCCCUAAAUUCUGCCAGAACAUCCUGAACAAGGCUACAGGAGACAGUGAGCUGGAGGGACAGGUUGUCUCCUGCCUCAAACUCAAAUAUGCAGACCAGCGUCUGUCUCCAGACUGUGAGGACCAGAUCAGAGUGAUCCUACAGGAGUCAGCUCUGGACUACAGACUGGACCCGCAGCUGCAGAUUCACUGCACCGAUGAGAUCUCUCGGCUGUGUCCAGAGGAGGCUGCGGCCCAGGAGCAGACCGGUCAAGUAGAGGAGUGUCUUAAAGUCAACCUCCUCAAGAUCAAAGUGGAGGGCUGCAAGAAGGAGGCUCUCAACAUUCUGAAGGAGAGUAAGGCAGACAUCUUUGUGGACCCUGUCCUCCACACGGCCUGCGCUUUGGACAUCAAGCACCAGUGUGCUGCCAUUCCACCAGGACGAGGACGCCAGAUGUCCUGUCUGAUGGAGGCUCUGCAGGACAAGAGGGUGCGUCUGCAGCCAGAGUGUAAGAAGAGACUGCAGGACCGCAUCGACAUGUGGAGCUACGCAGCCAAGGUGGCCCCGGCCGAAGGCUUCUCAGACCUGGCCAUGCAGGUGAUGACCUCACCCUCCAAGACCUACAUCCUGGCUAUGAUUGGCCUGAGUGUGUGCAUUCUCUUCCUGUUUGGACUGCUGUGUGGCCGCAUCACCAAGCGAUUAAUGCAGGAGCAGAAGGACAGGUAGAGAGAGGGGCCACAGAACCAGGACAGGGCCCUCACUCAACAUAGCCCCAGCUGCCCUGACCUUAGCCUGGCUCCAUGUACAAACCAUCUCCUCCUUUUUAUCCUCCUCUUCUACCCCCCCAGCCGCCUCCACAUCCCUCCCCGAGACUGGCUUCUAGGGGGAGCCAGCCAUUCGAGCUUCUGUCAUCAUUGCUAUGCUGUCUGAGGGCCACAUAGGGUGCGGGCCUGGCCUAGAUUACCCAGUCUACCCUAUAAUAGUUGGUUUCACUGGUGUGAGAGUGGACAUGCCCUGACUGUGAGACCGACUCAUAACCCCUCCACCAUCUCCACUCCAGUGUCUGACUGAUGUUCUGAAGUUAUACAGGAGACUUCUAGAAGGACGCUGCCGCCACCUGUUUGUCCACCAUCACUCCACUGCUAACCAGCUAACGCUAACAGACCUGUACCAUCGAGCGGCCCAGUUAGGCCAGCCCGAUGGGGCAUAAGCUAAAUUUCUGGAUUCUGCUUUUGGUUUCUCUUGCAGUGGUUUUCUUUUUUUGCUUUAUCUCAUUUAGAGGUAAUAUUUCUUUACAGAUGUUUUUUGUGGGGGGGGUCAGUGGGGUAGAAGGGGAGGUGGAUUCACAAUAAACAGUAAGAGUUAUGUGAGAGAGACAGAAAGAACGUCUCCGUACUUAUGUUCUUCCUGAGAGGCUUUCAAUGAUUUCAGUAGUGAUAAAUUGCUUUUAGUGUGAGUGUUUGUGAGAAUGAAAGUGUAUGUGAAAUGGGAGUGUUAACUGUUUUUCUAGUAUAUUGUUAUUCUCCUGAGAGGGCGGUGGGGGGGUUGACUGACUUCAGGUUACCCAUGUUUAUUACAUUCACUGAUUUGCCAUGAGACUGCCAGGUGUGAACUGUCCUCCACCGACUGAGCCACAUAGGAGAGGAGUCAACAGCCUACAGCAUAUUAGAUCAGUCGUACACUUAUAAUAACUGAUGAUAAAUAUGAUUGAUUCCUCAAUUUGUGAUUAUACUGACAGAACUGGCAGUGUAUCAUAGAUGGCUCCAGUGCCAAUGCUAACCGAAUGGGUGGUAUGGUAGAGAAACGGUUAGCAUUGACUAGAUGGCUGGACAUCCAGGCGAGUAGUCACACACAUUUCUCUCAAGGUACUCAGAGUUAACAAUGGGCAUUUCAAAGUUGGGAGAGCUGGGUCUAGGUGGUCUGAUUGGACACAACACUGGUGACAGACGGUGCAGAAAGAUAAGUCUAAUUUUGAACACUAACAUUUCCAAAGCUUCCCAUGUAGCAAGUUUAAGCCAAGGGUAUCUGUAGCGGCGUUAGAAUGGUGGUAGAAGGGGUCAAGAACAAUGCAAAAAAAAAAAAAAGACAAGUGGUUAUAGAGAAGUUUUUGUUUGAAAUUAUACUGGAACCAUUGCA